UUUAAGUCUCACUUAAAAGCAAAAUAAUGUUGAUGCAAUCGGGCCUAAGAAGUUAAUUCUAUUUUCUUUAGCAUAGAAUAUCAAGAAAUACAUUCGAAUAUGUACUUCAUAUUAUUGCGCCAAGAUUGAAGAGAAUAUAUGCGGGACAGCCAAUGAUUUCUCCUGAGAAGCAAUUUUUAAUUGCAGUAUGGCGUAUGGCAACACAUGAUUCUUAUAGAUGAAUAUUAUUUAUGAGGGACUGUCCCAAACAUAGAGAUAAUAUAUUUAAGUCGAGCGUUUGCUUUUAUUUGAAGAGUGAGAAUAGGGACUGGGAAAAAAGGAUGACACAGUGUCUUGGAGAUAGUGCGUUCUCUCAUUUACGCAUGGUAUGUGAGUGCAUAUCCUUUUCUACGUCUAUAUGUGAAAAAUUUGAUGUCAGUCGAAGUACUGCACUCAUUGCUACACGACGAGUAAUAAAGAUUUUAUAUAAUUUAGCACCAUUUUUCAUUAAGUGGCCAUCACGCAACAAUCUUCAAACAAUUUGGGGUGGAUUUGAAGCUACAAGUGCUUUCCCAAAAGUUAUUGGAGCGAUUGAUGGUACACAUAUCAACAUUCCAGCUCCUCAUGAUGAACCAGCAUCAUAUGUGAAUCGUAAAGGACACCAUUCCAUUCCAUUCAAGCAGUGUAUGACCAUAAAACACAUUUCACUCAUUGCUUCGCAGGAUAUCCAGGGUCUAUGCAUGAUCAGCGAGUAUUCCGAUUAUCAGAAGUGCAAGAGUGGUUGGGGGACCCUGAGAAAUUUCCCUAUCAUAUUCUUGGAGACACUGCAUAUAAACUGCAUGAAAAUCUUAUUGUUCCCUACAGAGACAAUGGACAUCUUACUGCUAGACAGAAAAACUUCAAUUUCUGUCAUUCUUUAGAUAGAAUUGUAAUUGAAAGGGCUUUGGACUCCUUAAAACAAGGUUUCGCAGUAUAAAGACUGUCCUUGCAAUGGAUAGACUUGAUUUAAUUCCAAUGUUUGUGAUCGCUUGUUGUGCGAUGCAUAAUAUUUGUCUUUUAAGAGGGGAUGAGAUUGAUGCAAUUAAUG